AUGGUGUUCAUGGACCAAACGGGUGCAAAGAUUGGUGCCACUCUUUGGCAAGAACUGUUUCCUGAAUUUGAGGUAAUGUUGCAUUGUGGUUCUGCAUAUGUGAUUCAGAACAUUAAGGUUGUUGAAAAUCAUUCUAAAUACAAAGUGAGUAGGAUUCCAUUUUUGGUUUACUUGGUGAAAACUACUUCUGUGAAGGAGGCCAAACAUCCUAUGAUUCCUACUAAUGUCCAUGUUAUUACUCCAUUUGUUGAUAUUAUUGAUGGGGUAGCACCACGUGACACUUUAGUUAAUGUUGUUGGUGUUGUGGUCGAAGUCAUUGAGCAUAAAACAGUUAAUCCUACAUAUAGAGUUACAGUCAAGUUGAGGGAUAACAGUGAUGGGGAUAUGAUCUUGACCGUCUAG